ACAGUAACAUAUGUCAAAUAGCUGUCACGGUACCGUGACAUUUCGAAAAAAUGGGUCGAGGUUUGGGAGAAAUGUUUAUUGUUUUUGUAAAUAAUUACAAACAAUAUUAAUCGCCCCGCCGAAUGUAAACCCGUAAAAGAAUCCCGAAUUUGUUUUAAUGUUAAAUAGCGUUAAACAAUGUAAGCGACUAAUGAACGACGUGAAAUCGAGCAGUGGCUCCUCGCAAAGCCAACCGUUUUACGCCCUAAAGGACCCACCACCGGUAUUUUUUCUGAUAAUGCGAUUCAACUUUAAAAUCGCACUAAUAUUCCUAGUGUCCAUAUCAGUUUUUACAAUACUGGUCCUCUAUUUGAUGUGUAAUAAAGAAGCUCCCGAACUAAGUGCACAGGGGCCCAACAUAAAAGUAUUCGAGGUAAAAAGUACGGAAGAAAUCGACUGUGAUAUUAACGGGCAGUAUGUUAUCGGUUGUAAAAAGGAGGGCUCAGAAGUAUAUUUACCUUUUUCCUUCUUGCAUAGAUAUUUUGAGAUUUAUGGAAAAUUGAAUACGAACAAUGGUUUGCCAAGGUUCGAAUGGUCACACAGCUAUGGAAAAAUAUAUCGUCCUAAAACCAAACAUGACCCCCGAGGGGUCUUUAUGUACUUUGAAAACUAUAAUGUUGAAUUAAGGGACAGGGUCAAAUGCGUUAGCGCAACAGAUGGUGUGCCUGUUUCAACCCAGUGGGAGAGCCAAGGGUAUUAUUACCCCACCCAGAUCGCUCAGUUCGGCUUGUCACAUUAUUCAAAGAAUUUAACUGAGCCUGAACCUAGAACAGUUGUCUUGGAGGAUGCCGAAAAAGAACUGGCCAGCUGGAUUGUGCCAGAGACGGCUCACUUGCAAAAGGUUUUCAAUGACAAAUUUGACACUCAAAUAUUGGAGUUUAGGACCAGUGAAAACUAUAACGAGGGAAUAAAACUGAAACUCGACCAUGUGCUCGACUUAGUUUUAAGGGUGGACAUGAAACUGAACGAAAACAGCAGCUUAACGGUGAUUUUACAAAACAGGGAGAAUAAAGAUGCAUAUUUUUUGCAUUAUAUUAAUAGUGACAUUGUUUUAACCGCUCAGGAUAGUAAUAUAUAUCAUGGACUCGGGUCAGUGCCAGAGUGGAGGAGGCUUAUAAGAGACUUACCAGUGGAUUUGCAAAAAGGGCUUAACUAUGGCAGCAAGGAGAAGUUGAAACAUAAGAUUCCCAAGUCGAAACUUAAGGUGAUCAACAUUAUUUUGAGGGGCUCUGGCUCUAUAGACAAUCUAACUCUAUCCACGUCAGAACAUAUCCAGCAAUUCUACGACGCAGCCGAUUGGUUCUUAAAGAACCAAGACCUGGAAACAGGCGGCUGGGGGAUCCCCGUAAAACGGAAACUAGCGCCCGCCUUUGCCGUUCUUGAACCUGGUUGGUAUUCUGCUAUGGGCCAGGGCCACGCCCUGUCCGUAUUAGCGAGGGCGUAUUUCCAUUCGGGGGGCGACAGGCGCUACUUGGACGCCGCCAUGAAUGGCCUGAAGCCCUUUAGGGUGACCAGUGCCGAGGGCGGAGUCUUGGCCACGUUUAUGAACAAGUACCACUGGUACGAGGAGUACCCUACCAAACCGGCCUCGUUCGUACUGAACGGGUUCAUUUAUUCCUUGUUGGGUCUGUAUGAUUUGAUGAGUAUCGCGCCGGUAGAUCAGUCACAGGAGGCGGAAUUCCUGUACAACGAGGGCCUGACCACCCUAAAAAGUAUGUUACCGUUAUUCGACAUGGGUAGCGGAACGGUUUACGAUUUACGUCACGUUACGUUGGGUAUAGCACCCAAUUUGGCACGUUGGGACUACCACGCCACCCACGUGAAUCAGCUGCUACUACUGGACACCAUCGAGGAGGAACCGUUAUUUAAGGUUACGGCGGAACGAUGGAUCGGGUAUAUGGUGGGCAAAAAGGCGGAUCAUAAUUGAGGUUUUUUAGUUGUUAAAAAGGGGGUUUCUCAGUAGCGGUGGCGGCUCGGGACUGUCCUUCAUUUAGUUGGCUCUAACUUGGAAAGUUAUUGAGCUACACGAAUUCUUUAUAUAUGAGAGUAUUCUCUAGGGAUUGCGUAAAGUUCCAGUGAAAUUUUGUAAAAAUCCCUCUAAGGGUUUUUGAGCUAUCAUGGAGAGAAGUUAAGUUAUUCUGAAAAGUUUCCUAUGAAAAAUGUCUGCACCAAAACUGCUUUAGUUUGGUCAGUUAUGACCUUAGAGGAACGUUUUUUAAAUGGAAUCCAUCCACAGGAAUCUCCCAAUACUCUCCUGAAAAAAUUAUGAAAAUACCUCAAAUAGUUUUUGAGUAGCACUUAAAAGUGACUUAAAUAGUUUGUUUUGGCUAAAAUUGGGUUCAGCUUUCAUAAAUGUGGCUCUAACUCAAAAAGUUUUUUAACUACAAAAAUUCUUUAUAUAUGAAAUUAUUCUUUAAGGAUUACUUUAAGUUCCAGUGAACAAUUUAUAAAAUUCCCUGGGAGGAUCUUUGAGUUAUCAUGGAUGAAAGUUAAAUUAUUCUGGAAAAAUGUCUAUUUUACCAAAACUGCUCUAAUUUGGUCAAUUUUGCCUUCAAAAGGACGUUUCCUGCAUGAGGUCCAUCCUCAAGAAUCCACGUAUGCUCUCCUAGAAAAAUUAUGAAAAUACCUCAAAUAGUUUUUGAGUGACACUCAAAAGCGUCUUCAAUGGUUUGUUUUGGCCUCAGUUGGAUUCAUCCUUCCUAAAUCUGGUCUAACUCAAAAAGCUCUUGGGCUACAAUCGUUUUUUACAUAUAAAAUUGUUCUUGAAUAAUUAUUUUAAGAUCUAGUGAAUAUUUUAUGAAAAUGCCUAAAAGAGUUUAUGAGUUAUUAUGGAUAGAAGUUAAAUCAUUCUUAUUGAAAAUGUCUGCACUAAAAAUGCUCUAGCUCGGUCAAUUUUGCUCCUAAAAGAAUGUUUCUUACACGAAAUCCCUCCUCAGGAAUCCCCCUACACACUCCUGAAAAAAUUAUGAAAAUACCACAAAUAGUUUUUGAGUGACACUCAAAAGUGUCUUAAAUGGUCUGUUUUGGCCUCAGUUAGGUUUACUCUUCAUAAAUCGGGCACUAACUCGGAAAGUUCUUGGGCUACAAGAAUUUUUUAUAUAUGAAAGUAUUCUUUAGGGAUUGUGUUAAGUUCCAAUAAAAAUUUUAUAAAAAUCUCUGGGAGGGUUUUUGAGUUAUCAUGGAUAGAAGUUAAAUUAAUCGGAAAAAUUCCUAUGACAAAUGCCUGUACUAAAAUUGCUCUAGUUUGGUCAGUUUUGCCCCUAAAAUGAUGUUUCUUGUAUGAAGUUUAUCCUUAGGAAUCUUGUUACACUCUCCUGGAAAAAUUAUGAAAAUUCCUCAAAUAGUUUUUGAGUGACACUCAAAAGUGUCUCUUAAAGCCCCCUUAUGGUUCUUCUCCCAUAAACGUGGCUCUAACUGAAAAAGUUCUUGAGAUACCACAAUUCUUUAUAUAUGAAAUUAUUCUUUAAGCAUAACUUUAAGUUCCAGUGAAUAAUUUAUAAAAAUACCUGGAAGGAUUUCUGAGUUAUCAUGGAUAGAAGUUAAAUUAUUCAAAAAAAUUCCUAUGAAAAAUGCCUGUACUAAAAAUGCUCUAGUUUGGUCAGUUUUGCUCCUAAAAGAAUGUUUCUUACAUGAAAUCCAUCCUCAGGAAUCCCCCUACACACUCCUGAAAAAAUUAUGAAAAUACCACAAAUAGUUUUUGAGUGACACUCAAAAGUGUCUUAAAUGGUCUGUUUUGGCCUCAGUUAGGUUUACUCUUCAUAAAUCGGGCACUAACUCGGAAAGUUCUUGGGCUACAAGAAUUUUUUAUAUAUGAAAGUAUUCUUUAGGGAUUGUGUUAAGUUCCAAUAAAAAUUUUAUAAAAAUCUCUGGGAGGGUUUUUGAGUUAUCAUGGAUAGAAGUUAAAUUAAUCGGAAAAAUUCCUAUGACAAAUGCCUGUACUAAAAUUGCUCUAGUUUGGUCAGUUUUGCCCCUAAAAUGAUGUUUCUUGUAUGAAGUUUAUCCUUAGGAAUCUUGUUACACUCUCCUGGAAAAAUUAUGAAAAUUCCUCAAAUAGUUUUUGAGUGACACUCAAAAGUGUCUCUUAAAGCCCCCUUAUGGUUCUUCUCCCAUAAACGUGGCUCUAACUGAAAAAGUUCUUGAGAUACAACAAUUCUUUAUAUAUGAAAUUAUUCUUUAAGCAUAACUUUAAGUUCCAGUGAAUAAUUUAUAAAAAUACCUGGAAGGAUUUUUGAGUUAUCAUGGAUAGAAGUUAAAUUAUUCUAAAAAAUUCCUAUGAAAAAUGCCUGUACUAAAAAUGCUCUAGUUUGGUCAGUUUUGCUCCUAAAAGAAUGUUUCUUACAUGAAAUCCAUCCUCAGGAAUCCCCCUACACACUCCUGUAAAAAUUAUGAAAAUACCUCAAAUAGUUUUUGAGUAACACUCAAAAGUCCCCAUUUGGUCCUUCUCCCAUAAACGUGGCUCUAACUAAAAAAGUUCUUGAGAUCCAAGAAUUCUUCACGCAUAAACUUGCUUGUUAAGAACGCCCGUUUCCGAUAUAAAAGCCAUCCUCAGGAACCCCGAUAAAAAAAAAUCUUUGAACUGGGCCGCCACUCUACUCGAUUUGUUGUUAAUUUAUUUUCAUUGUUAACCGGUGCCGUUAUACAUUCCAUUUUAGUCCUAAUUAGUAUUAGUCCGUUUUUAAGUUUUAAAAUGAUUAUUAGACCAUAAGUUAGAUUACUACUUACAAACUGGGUUAGUACAGCGCCCCCCCUUCUGUCUCGUCACUGUACUAACUCUGUUGAACGUGGACACAUCCGACUACUACAUACAUAUCCGGUGACAUUUUCAAAAAAAAGGUUUCGCGGCUAAAGACUGAAAUUCGUUGUUCAACAUUGGACCAAAACAAGCGCAUAACGUCAAUAUUGGUCAUCUCAAAUAAGCUCGACAAUGUUUUCUAGUUAAUAAUAUUUAAACAAUGAGUCAAUAAUAAUUAUUAGUGGGAUCGUUUAAAAGGGGUUUGUUGAAAGAUUACUGUACAUAAAAUACUUCUUGUAAAUAUAUUUAUGUAGUAUUACGUACUGAUCAUGUUAUAGAGAGAGAAUUGCACUGAGUUUCAUGCAAUUGAGUAUUUUUUGCACCAGUCAAUCAUUCCCUCGAGAGCUUACUUAUUAUAAGAAACCAUGACUUGCCGUCUCCGUUUUUUUUUUUUUAAUCAUCAAUGUUCCUUGUUUCUGGCAAUAUUUAAGUACUUAAUUUACGUUUUAACUUAUUGUAAAUAUUAUAGUAAACCCGUCCUAUAAAGCAGCGCACGUAGUUACUGUAAGUGCAAUUUAUUACGUUCCGUUAUUAUUAUUAUUAUCGCGAUAAUCUCAACUGAAAUCUUACUUAAGGAUUUUAAGUGACUGUGACAAUAAAUUUAGGACAAUUUAAUCGAAA